UGACACAUCAGCAUUUCCUGGAAAACGACACACUGCUGAGAGGUGGAGUUAAAUAAAAGAGCUCAAAGUAGAUCAAGCAGCAGAAGAGUCAGGCGUGUGCCUUAAAGAGGAACAGAAAACAUUGUUUUUGUAGGCUCCUCUGUGCAGAUACAGGUGCAGUCCUCCCACAAUGUCCGCACGAGGUGUUAAACCCUAUGCUUCAAGUGUAGCCACCGAGCAUGGAGAAACAGCUCAAUCUACUUGGGUUCAGCCAUCCAGUAGUGAAGCAGUUGAUAAGGGAAAGAGAAAGCUGGAUCAUCAGGGUGAAUCCAGCACAUCACCAAGUAAACGACAGCCCAGCACUAUACAUGGAUCACUCUCAGAGGAAAUCCUGCUGUCUCAUGUGCAAGACAUCAUGAGAAGUGUCGGUGAAAAACUACACAACCAAGGCAACAAAAGGCUCAUUGCUUUCCUGAAAACUAAAAUCAAAGAUUUCAAGACCGACAAGAAGGAGCUGGUUGGUGUCUUUGGUAGAUCCGGGGCUGGAAAGAGCUCUCUAAUAAAUGCAAUCAUUGGAGAGAAAGAUCUUUUGCCCACAGGAGAUGUCAGUGCAUGUACCUCAGUCAUGAUUAAAGUGGAGACUAACAUGGACAACCAGGAGUAUGAGGCAGAGAUUGAGUUCAUUACAAAAGAGGAGUGGAAAGAUGAGUUGCAGCCCUUGUACCAUAUUCUUGGGGAUGAUACAGAUCAAGAACAAGAUGAUGAUGAAGAUGAUGGUGAAGAUGAUGAAGACGAUGGCACUGCUGAAAAGCUGUCAGCUUUGUAUGGAGAAGAUAUUGGAAGAAAUUGGAAAAACACACGCUUUGAAAACCUGAUGGACAACAAACAUUUCGAAGAAAUUCCAGAAUUUCUCAAAUCCCAAAGGAAGAUUUUGACCUGUAAAUCAGCUGAAGAGCUAUCUGCAGAAUUUGUCAAAUAUACAAGAAGUGACCGAAAAGGAGAAGGUGAAGAAUUGAAGAGGUGGUAUUGGCCACUAGUGAAGUGUGUGACUAUCAGGGUUCCUAAGAAUGAUCUUCUUCAGCAUGUCACACUUGUGGACCUCCCUGGAACUGGGGACUGUAACAAGGGCAGAGAUAAAAUGUGGAAAAAGCUUGUUGGAAGUUGCUCUACUGUGUGGAUUGUGAGUGAUAUUAAUCGAGCAGCCUCAGAGAAUGACCCCUGGGAGAUCCUGAAAAGUGCCUGUAGACUCAUAGGAAAUGGUGGCGAGUGUCAGCGCAUUCACUUUAUCUGCACCAAGUCUGAUGUUUUGGGUGGUCGGUAAGUGAUUUAACCUGCCACAUGUACAUAGUAUAACAUCCAAAUAAAACACUGACAAAUGUGCAGGCCAAUGCUCCUCUGGACUAAACAUAAACAAAUGUACACAUAUUUUACUGUACAAGUUGUACAGUA